AUAAUAGACUUAAAGUUAACGUUUUAAAGAAGAGUCUAACUGAUGAAAAUCAAACCAACAAUAUACUGGUGUUUCAAUUAACAAAAUUUACUGAUAUUUUUCAUAAAACCAGAGAAGAUUAG